GCCAUCACAGAGCGGUCGCUCCUUCUUCAGAACGCCAGGCUUUAGCUCCAAGGGCCCAGUUUGUCCAGUGUUGGGGUGGGAUGGCGGCCGAAGCACAGCCCCUUUUGGGCCGGGACCGAGGCGGUGGCCAGGCCUGCUCUGGUACCGUGGCCAGUGAGGAACUCAGCAUAGACCAGGCUGUGGUCUUCAUUGAAGAUGCCAUUCAGUACCGCUCCAUCUAUCACCGCAUGGAUGCUGGCUCAUUGCGGCUUUACCGCUGGUAUUACUCGAAGGUGUGCCAACGAGUGCUGGACUUCACCAUUUUCUUGAUCCUGGCCUUGGCUUUUGUGGAGGUCCCAUCUUCAUUCACGAGAACUGCGGAUGUGCGCUACCGCUCCCAGCCCUGGCAGCCACCCUGUGGCCUGACUGAAACAAUCGAGGCGCUCUGCAUGCUGGUCUUCCUGGUUGACCUCUCUGUAAAGGGCUACCUGGUGGGGCAGGCUAAGUUGCAGCAGAACCUGUGGCUGCUGGCCUACUUUCUGGUGCUGGUGGUAUCCAUGGUGGACUGGAUUGUUUCGCUGAGCCUUGCUUGUGAUGAGUCCCUGCGGGUGCGCCGGGUGCUCCGGCCCUUCUUCCUGCUGCAGAAUUCCUCCAUGAUGAAGAAGACCCUGAAGUGCAUACGGUGGUCGCUGCCAGAAAUGGCCAGCGUCGGGCUGCUGCUGACCAUCCACCUCUGUCUCUUCACCAUAAUCGGGAUGCUGCUCUUCACCAUUGGCGAGAAGGAUGAAGCACAGGACAAGGAGAGGCUGGCCUACUUCCGGAACCUUCCAGAGGCACUGACCUCACUCCUAGUGCUGUUGACUACUUCCAACAACCCUGAUGUGAUGAUCCCAGCGUACACCCAGAACCGGGCCUAUGCUCUCUUCUUCAUAGUCUUCACCUUGAUAGGAAGCUUGUUUCUGAUGAACCUGCUGACGGCCAUCAUCUACAAUCAGUUCCGGGGCUACCUGAUGAAAUCCCUACAGACUUCACUGUUCCGGCGGCGGCUGGGGGCCCGAGCAGCCUAUGAAGUCCUGGCCUCCAGGGCAGGCCUGGCUGGAGCCACCCCUGAGGCAGUUGGGAUAAAUCCCGAGAACUUCCUGCGAGUGCUUCAGAAAACCCAGCUGUGCAAGAUCCACAAACAGGCCAUCAUGCAGAAGGUGUUCUCUUAUGAAGGCCGCCCAAUACUGGCUGAUGAGUUCCAGAAACUCUUCGAUGAGGUUGACAAAGCCGUGAUCAAAGAGCACCUGCCGAAGCCCCAGUACCAGUCCCCGUUUCUGCAGAGCGCCCAGUUCCUCUUCAGCCACCACUAUUUCGACUACCUGGGGAGCCUCAUCGCUCUGGGAAACCUCUUGUCUAUAUGUGUGUUCCUGGUGCUGGACUCAGACCUGAUGCCAGGGGAGCGUGAUGACUUUGUCCUGGGGAUCCUUGACUAUGUCUUUGUCUUGUACUACCUGGUGGAGCUGCUACUCAAGGUGUUCGCACUGGGCCUGCGGGGCUACCUGUCAUACCACAGCAAUGUGUUUGAUGGCUCCCUCACCGUUAUCCUGCUGGUUUUGGAGAUUUCUACUCUGGCUGUAUACCGAUUGCCGCACUCAGGAUGGAAGCCCAAGCAGUAUGGCCCACUGUCACUGUGGGACUUGACACGGCUGGUGAACACACUGAUUGCAUUUCGCUUCCUGCGCAUUGUCCCAAACGUGAAGCCAAUGGCUGUUGUAGCCAGCACCAUCCUGGGCCUGAUCCAGAACUUGAGGGCAUUUGGUGGGAUCCUGGUGGUGGCAUACUAUGUGUUCGCCAUGGUUGGAAUCAACCUGUUCCGAGGCAUCAUUGUGCCUCCUGGAAAUGGCAGCCUCGUUUUUGGUAACGGCUCAGCUCCAUGCGGAAGCUUCGAGCAGCUAGAUUACUGGGCCAACAACUUUGACGACUUUGCUGCUGCUGUGAUCACGCUCUGGAACGUGAUGGUGGUGAACAAUUGGCAGGUGAUCCUGGAUGCCUAUCGGCGCUACUCAGGCCCGUGGUCAACAGUGUAUUUUGUGCUGUGGUGGCUGGUGUCCUCUGUCAUCUGGAUCAACCUGUUUCUGGCUCUGCUUCUGGAGAACUUUCUCCACAGAUGGGACCCCCAAGGUUAUAAGGAGCUCCUUGUUGGGACCCGGCAGAUCGCCUACCAGACGUCGGUGGAGCUCAUGUUCAGGGACAUCCUAGAGGAGCCCAAGGAGGAGGAGCUGAUGGAGAAGCUGCAGAGGCAUCCACACUUGCAUCUGUGCAGGUGACAUCAGAGUGGCCGCCCAGCUGGGGUGACAGGACAGAGAUGCUGGCCUGGGCCCCUGCUGUGGAGGCAGCAACUGGUAGAGACCAAGCAAGCAAAGGUGCCUGGGACAGACCACUCAGGGACAGAUGGAGGCUACAGCAAGGACUCAGCCCCCUGGGGCUGCUCAGCAGCGACCUCUGUGGCCUUGGCGGACCGAUGCUCGGCACUUCGGGGUAGUAUCCCUCCGUUUGCUCUUUCCAAGCUGCCCUGGUAAGACUUGCUAAGGACAGAGAGCGAUUUCCAAGGGACCUCAACGCUGGGAAUGGAGAAGGCCUCAGCUCCCUUUGUUACCCACAGCUUAUCUGUGCCCGCAGUGGCCUUUGUGAGCCCAAGCCUGCACAGCACCCUCGGAGGGUAUCCAGCAGGUUUCCAGGGCAUUGGGGGUUGGUAUCACGUGGGGAGAGUGUCACCGCUUUGUUUCAGUGUCUGAAUGUGAUGGGGUAUGUCUUGGGGUGAGGGUAUCACAGUGCCA